AUGGCCAUCGACCUCCUGCUCCCAAUGCCCUCGGGCCUUCCGCCCGCGUACGAGGCCGAGGGACCCCGAUCGCCUAUUCCUGACUACUCGCCUAAACCACUGCCUGGCGAGAAAAGCAUGCAGAAGACGCCCAAGAACUCGCGCUGCUCGGAGACCGGCGGUCAAAACAACUGCACAUUCACCUACAGGCAGGACGGGACCACGCUGACGCUGCGCAACUGCCGCGAGGAGGAUGAGCUUCCAACUUUCCGUUUCCGUGGGAUGGUGUCCGGCGAGGUGGACAUCGAAGACCGGGAGAGGGUGUCGUCUGUUUCCGUCAAGCUCGAGGGCCGAGUAAGCCUGAGAGGCAUGGAGGCCACAGAACGCAGGCUGUUCAUGCGCGAACACACCCUCUGGAACCUCCGCGACUCGAUGAACUGCGACAGCAGCUCGCUCUCGUCGUCCUCGUCGAGCGGCGAAUCGGACGACGACCAGCACCCGCAACAGUGCUUCCCGCGCUCGCGCCGCGACUCACGGCUGGGCCUGCAGCAGCAGCAACAGCAACAACAACAGGCACAGCCGCUGUGCCCGAGCAUGUUCCCGUUCGCCAUCGCCUUCCCGUCCACGUUCCGCGAGGAGCGGGACGGGCGGACAUCAAAAGCGAGCCCGCUGCCGCCGUCAUGCGAGGUGAUGCGGCCGAUGCGGGCGCACGUCGUCUACGUGCUCUCCGUGCACAUCGUCCGCGCGCGCAAGGUGCCGUUCCUAGGCGCCUGGUUGCCUAAUCGCGACGAGCGGCUGCUCGCACAGCUGAACUACCGCCCGCGCGUGCGGCCACCGCGCCCGAUGCCCAUGUCGAUGGUCAUGGCAAUGGCGAAUCUGGGGGGCUCGAGCUUUGAGAAGUCGUGCCCCGAAGACUGGCACAUGGCGCUCUGGAAGACCAAGAUCCCGGUCAAGGCAGCGUCGGGGGCGCCGAGCAAGACGGAAAUCGAUGCGGACUGUCAUAUUCAGCUGCCGGCGUCGCGGGUGUACCUCGUCACCGACCCCAUCCCGUUCCGCGUUCGGCUGGAGGUCCCUAAGGAUCAAUGGUCGGAGGCGCUGAGGGAGCAGCUCGUCGGCGGGGGCAAGCCACCGCUUAACACCUUCCUCCUGAGACAGACGGUUCUCAACCAGCACGGAUCGAGACAUGUUGGUGAUGUUGUCCUCGGCACCGCCGGGCGCACCACUCCCAGUCCCGAAGUCGAGUCUGACAGCGAGACCGAGAGCGGGGAGAGCCUGAGCCCGAGCUACUACGAGAGCGACGUGGAGUCGCCACCUUCGCCCGCCCAAUGGUCAAAUAUGACCGUGAUGGUUGAGCAGAAGCACGACUGCUGGUCCGUAGAAUGGAGCGGUGUCCUGCGCUGCGACAGUGAGAUCGAGCACACGGGGUUCAUCACCACCGAGUUUUCUGUGAACGACUUCGUCGUUCUCUCAUGGGAUGAACCAGGUCCGCUCCGGAACCGAAAAGCCUCUGUCAACCACGCGAUCGCCAUCCGCCUCGUCGUCGACCCCUGGACAAGCCGGCACUGUGUCCCCUGGAAUACUGAGAUGUGAGCUUUAUAGAACAGAGCUCUCGAUUCCUGGUCUUUGUCAUGGAGAGUGGAUUGGAUCCUUGUAGAUACACAUGCACUAUACAUAUGCAUAUAUGCGCUGCUUUCGAUCGCUUAGCUUACCAGUACAAUAUUUAUCUUCAAUUAUUGGAUGGAGACGGGGGGCAUGUAAACAUAGCUGUACAAUCAUGAUCAACAUUAUGCUUUC